CCAAGAAAAGGCUAAGGGAAAGACAUACAACAAACUCAAUACCUAGAAUGCUAUGAAUGUGGUGAAGAAGAUCACCUUGUACGAGAUUGUCCUCAAAGAAAGAAGUCUAAGCCCUACAAAAAGGAAUUCAAGAAAAAGGCUAUGGUGGCAUCUUGGAGCGAUUCUGACUCAAGUGAUUCAGACGAUGAUGAUCAAGCCAACCUAUGUCUAAUGGCAGAAAAAGACACUUCUAAAGAGGAACAUCUUCAGGAGAGCUUGAAAAAGAAAGAUUAUAGAUGGAUUUUAGAUAGUGGAUGUUCUCGGCACAUGAGUGGAAAUUCUUCUUUAUUCUCUAAGGUUGAAACUAAUCUAUGUGGAACAAUAACCCUUGGAGACAAAAAGAAGUGCAAUAUCGUUGGCAUUGGCAAAAUUGGAGGUGAUGCAUUUAACUCCAUUGAUGAUGUCUAUCUAGUUGAUGGAUUGAAGUACAAUCUUUUAAGCAUCUCUCAACUGUGAGACAAAGGCAACGAGGUAAUAUUUGAUAGUGAAAAAUGUGAAGUGCGUGACAAAGGUGGUAAGAUCAUUCUAACUGCUCCUAGAAAUAAUGAUGUGUAUUCGUUUCAUUCUAAUCUUGUUGAAAGUUCUAGUCUGAAGUGUCUCAAGGCCCUGACUGAAAAUACAAGGCUUUGGAACAGAAGACUUGGACAUAUUAACAUGCAUACUAUGAAAAAGCUGUCUAUACAGAGUUUAGUGCGUGGCUUGCCUGAAUUAAAUUUCAAAGAAAAAGGGCUGUGCAAAGCAUGUGCUCGAGGUAAACAGGUUAAAGGUUCUUUUAAGACCAAAAAGGUUAUACGAGGAACCAGAAAUAGAUGAUGAAAGUGAUAAAGAAGCAGCAGAAGCUCCAGCAAUGCGCCCUACCCAGAACAUCCAAGAACCCAUUUAAACCACAGAAGAAUUAAAUCAAUCCUCUGUUUCUCCUCCUCAAAGCCCUGAAAGCUUAUCUCAAGACCUUGAACCUGAACCUGAAUCGAGCCAAAAUUCAUCUCAUGGUCUUGAAACAGUACUCCAAGAACCUCCUGCUACCCCCUUACUAAUGCGCAGAAAAUUCAAACAUGCCUCAUC